UGGAAAUGAGCAAGAGGGAGAAGGCGAAAGAGACGUAAGGAAGACAGGGAUAGAGUUAAAUCCUGAAUCACGGCUACAGAGGGAGUAAGGAGGAGAGGAACGGCUUUUCCCUCACACACAAUGCGUCUCCGUCAAGUAAAGAUCGUGUUCGCGAACAAAUAACUCAAAUCAUUCACCAUGAGAAGAAUCGACAGAAGUUAGGCGACAGUGUCAGCGACUGUAUCCAAGAAUCUCAUGGAUCCAUCCGCGAAUUUUGUACACGCCUCUGUCAACCUCUAGGGAGAAGGAGAGAAGAUGCAGGCCCCAGUGUGUGAGCUGCAGUCUGCCUCUCUGAGGAGCAUCAGUGUGUUGGACCGCCUGCUGCUUACUCACCCCGUAUGGCUGCAGCUGUCACUCAACUCUGACUCCGCCCAGCAGGUCCUGCACAAAGAGCCACCAGGGGCCUUCCUGGUGCGCAGGUGCAACGCGUCACAGAAGAAGGUUUUGUGUGUGAGACUGACGGAGGACAACAGCGCCUCCUCUGUCAGGCAGUGUGUCAUCAGAGAGGAGGAGUCCACUUUCUCCCUGGAGAGCUCGGCCAUCAGUUUCCCAGAUCUCUGCAGACUCGUUGCCUUCUACUGCGUCAGCCGGGAUAUUCUGCCCUCUCCUCUGGAGCUUCCGGAGGCCAUAGCCAAAGCCUCGUCCCACAGACAACUGGAGUCCCUCUCUCACCUGGGCAUAGAGUUCUGGAGCUCCCCGCUGAACUUCCGCGCCGCCUGUAACGGGCCCCCCUCUGGCAGCCAGGGGGCGCUGUGCUUCAUCAACCCGCUGUUCCUGCGGGAGCCGGCCAGUCGCGGCGCCCUGCACAAGCGGCACCGCUUCAAGCGCAGCCUGCGCGUGCGCGUCUCCACGGAGACGUCCAUGACGCUGUCGUCGCCGCCGCGCUCGGCGGAGCUGGACGGCACCGAGGCCAGCCUCCCGCUGCAGAAGCGGGCCAGCACCGCCGCUGGGCUGCUCCGGCGUACCCCCGCCCUCUCCCCCACCUCCGAGGAGGAGGAGGAGCUCAUCCCCAAAGACCCCCCCCAGGUACGGGGGCAAGUCACUGGCCAGGGGGAGGAGCCAGCACAGGAGGAGGGCGGGGUGGAGGCGGGGCUGGCCCUGGAGAGAAGGCGGGCCCCCUCCCUGGCGGAGCUGGACAGCAGCAGCUCCUUCAGCAGCCUGGAGGAGGCGGAGGAGGGCGGGGAGCGGCCGGCCCCGAAGCCGCGUGCUCCCGCCUCGGGCCUGCGCCGGAUGAGCGCUGCCUUCGUCACGCUGUUCGCCCCCGAGCGGCGCGUGGCCCAGCUGGUGGAGGAGCUGUCCCGGGACCGGCGCUCCGCCUUCGGCGCCCUGGUGCAGGACUUCCUGCAGCAGCAGCGGGAGGAGCUGCGGGCCGCGGCGUCCGCCGUGGAGCUGCUGCAGGGGCUGCGCCGCUUCCUGUCCCAGGCAAAGGGCUUCCUGCUGGACUGCGGCGAGCUCGAGCCCCCCAUCGAAACGCUGGUGCCCGAGAAUGAGAAAGAUCUGGCUCUGGAGAAGGCCAUGUUCGGCUGUGUCCUGAAGCCCCUGAAGGUGCAGCUGGACCAGGCCCUGCUCUCCCUGCACACCCAGGACGGCUCUACACAGCGGCUGGCCGACAGCCUGCGCAGCAGCCAGGAGGGGGCGCUGGAGCGCUUCGGGGUGCGCGGGAGUGUGCCGGACGCCCGGGACGUGGAGAGGGUGCGUCAGAAGCUGGGGCUCAUGCAGCGGACGCACUCCCCCAUAGACAAAGUGCUGCUGCUCCUGCAAAGCUGCAAGUACAUCUACAAGGCGAUGGGUCCCCCGCCCGGGAAGGAGUUUGGGACGGAGGAGUUCCUGCCCGCCCUGUCCUACGUCCUGGUGCAGUGUAACCUCCCACAUCUCCUCCUGGAGGUGGAGUACAUGAUGGAGCUUCUGGAGCCGUCCUGGCUCACAGGGGAGGGAGGGUACUACCUGACGAGCGUCUACGCCAGCCUGUGUCUGAUCCAAAGCCACCCGGAUCCGGUCCCGCCCGGCGGGCUGACCCAGGGGGCGCAGGAGGCCCUGAAAGAGUGGAGCCGGCGCCGCACCCAGGACGCCCAGAGUCAGAGAGAUGCCCAGCAGAACCAGAGGUUCGUGCGCGUGCUGUUCCAGGAGGGCGACUGCAGUGCGGUGCGAACGCUGCAGUGGAAGGCGGGGGACAGCGGGGAGGCGCUGGCCCAGCUGUGUGCCAUCAAAUUCGGAGUGACCGAGCCGGAGCAGUACGCCCUCUACUGGCGCGACGGCGGGGAGACGAGGCCCGUGCCCCCCCAGGCCCAGCCCCCGGACCUGCCUGCCCACAGCGGGGGCGGCCCCACCCUCAUCUUCCUGCGCUCCGACCAGGACCCGGGCAAGGCGCGCAAGCUGACCAGAGGGGGCGCCGUAGACCUGGGCGAGUCCGUGUGCGAGGAGUAGAGGGGGUGUGGCCAGAUUUCGUGACGGCUUUGUGUGUCUGUGACCGGGGGGGCCCGUGUCUCUGUCCCCCCCUCCCCAACC